CCCAGUAAGGAUUCGUUAUGCCAGCUAUGGCACGCGCGAGCGACGAAGCACUGGAUCCGCGUGCUAUUUUCACCGCGCAUUAAAGCGGCAGCUGCAGUAUUAUGGGGAGCCACGAGCUCCAGUCGUGCACAGCGGGCACGGUCAGCUCUCCGUCUCUCUGCGUCAUGAAGUCUACUGAGAACGCGAUCUUUCACGGGCGCGAACCUCCCUCAGACCCGGACAGCGGCAGCGAGAGCUCUUCGGAGAAGUGGACGGAGACGGAGGGUGUGAGUGGGCGAGCGCGUGCUCUCUCCGUUACCGGGGGCAGCAGCAGCAGGCUCGUGGGUGUGAGCAAACAGCGGCAGGCGGCGAACGCGCGCGAGCGGGACCGCACUCACAGCGUCAACACGGCGUUCAGCGCCCUGCGCACGCUCAUCCCGACCGAGCCCGCCGACCGGAAGCUAUCCAAGAUCGAGACACUGCGCCUGGCCUCCAGCUACAUCGCGCACCUCGCCAACGUCCUGCUGCUCGCCGAGAGUGGAGGAGACGGACCGCCGUGCGCGCGACACCGAGAGGCCCUCGUGCACGGCAGCGGGAGCGCGCUCAGACCCAUUUGCACCUUUUGCCUCGGAAAUCAGAGGAGAAUGAUUCGAGCCAGCGAGAAUCCAGGUGUGUGAGAAUCCUCGUCCUGCUCGAGCAGCUUCAUGUUUACAUGUAAAGACUUUAAAUUCACCUCAAAUGGACAGAAGCCUUGCUGUAUAUUUUCUUUCAAAACCUCCAAAAACGAGGACAGACAGAGGAAGAAAAGACCCAUGAUGAGAUGCACUUUUCCCCCUGCGUUUACAAACGUGUGUGUGUGUGUGUGUUUGCCCUUGUGUUUCAUGGUGAAUGUAACUGGAGCCUUGUGUAAAAGCAGCACCUGGCAAAGGGUUAUUUCAGAAGCCUGGACGAGCUUCUUCUUAAAAAAACACCACCGUGUGUGUGUGUGUGUGUGUGUGUGUGUGUGUGUGUGUGUGUAUAUCCCUCAUGUGCCACAUGACAGUAACCCAAGCCCUUGUGUGCUGCAGCGGUUGCUGUCAGUAGACGACAAUGAUUCGGGUUGCCAUAUUGGACGAUUUUACACCAAUCUGUGAAAAGAGUGGUCGUUUAUACAGAAUGCAGCCUGAAGGCAAAAGGUUAAAGCUGUAAUGGAAAAAGUAGCAGAGUCCAAAAAAUUGAUGAAUUGAAACUUUUGAAUUGAAAAAAUCCUGAACUUCAGUAAAUCAGAAUCUCACUAUUCCUUUAUACAGACACGAAGUUUGUUUCAGCUUCGUCCUGGUAAACCUGUGUAUAAAUAAUGUAGAGACGGUGCAGUGCAUUGUGGGUAACGCCCACUUAAUGAUGAAAACCAUGCUCUCAGGAGUCACACAGUGACCUUUUGACCUUUGUUUACACUGAAGUUUUUAAAGCUACACGAUAAACGCUACAUCAGGUUAUUGAACAUGAGACGCUCCUCAACCCAGUGAAUCGUCAGGAUGUUUACUUUCACACUUUGCACGUCGAGGUCCUGUUGCAGUGAAACCCGUCAUCACCGCAGUCCUUUUCCCCUGAUAUGUACAAACACAGAUCACUACUGUCGUUUGCACAGUGUGUAAAGAAACGUGUGUGUGUGUGUGUGUGUGUUGGCCUACCUCUAAUGAGCUCAGCAGGGAGUGUUUAAACCUCAACCUACUUGAACUUUGAACCUUUGCACAUGAGCAUCAGAAAGCUGCUAUUGAACAAUAAUGUAUUUUUUGUACAAUAAAUGAACUUUGUAGUCGG